CCUGUCAAAAUUUUAAAAUUUUGAUUCAAAUUAUCUUUGCCAUACUAACUUCCCAGAGCCUAAAAUAGAAAUAAUGGUAUCUGUGUUAUCAUGUAUGUAUAUGUGUACAUUUUCAUGUACGUACAUCAUUACAUAUGCAGUACACAUGUAUCUGCAGGCUUCACACUGUAGUACACACAUGCAUGCAGGCACACAUGUGCCCUGGCAUCCAGUGAAUGAACUUGCUGAACCAGAAGAAAAUGGGUGGGAGGUGGAGAUCUGUGUUUCCAUGUCCUGCAGCUGGUGGAAGCUUUGGAAAGGCAGCCUCCCAAUCUACUGACCUCAACCGGGGGAUUCUACCAUCUACCCCUGUGUGCUUCAUAGGGCUCCUUGGAUAAUGGCACACAGAAAGGGCAUCCCAUGAGCCUGGCCCUCGUGGCAUCCAAAGACAAAGAUGUGGCACCUGCACCAAGCUCCCCCUGGGACGCCAUCCUUGAGGCUGCCAAAGACCAGGUCCCAUCCCUGGACUCAGACUCCUCCUUGCUCCCUCAUCUGUUCACAGUCAGACUGCGGGGAAGAGCCAUUCAUCUUCCAGCGAAACCAGCCCAUCCUGAUUCCAGACCUGGCUGAGGAACUGGCUGCAGACCCUGCUGAUGACAGUGACUCCAGGACCUGGGUCCCUCUGGCUGAAACGUCCCUGCCUGAGGUCUGUGGGACACAGGCUCCAGGGACCACUGAGCCCACGCCCUGCAGGCAGAAGUGUCCAGUUCUGGUGCCUGUGGGACUCGCCACCAAAUCUGGGAGUAGACAGAAUGCGAGGACACUGGGCCUGGCCUCUCAGGAAGGCUGGUCUCCUGAGAACUGUGCCAAGACCAGCACUUCUCUUCAGAUGGCAGAGGAGACCCCCGUGUUGCUGGAAGGUGACCUUGGGACCCUGUCCUUCAACACCAAAAGAUUCCAGAGUCCUCCCUGGGACUCACAGGGAGAAGCCACCCUAUCCCCUGAGGGAGAGGUGGGGAUAGAGCCUCUGGGUGCUGCCUGGAGAGACUCUGCAAAGCGCAGAGCCCUCCGCCGGGAGAGGAGGAAAAUGAUAGAGAAGGAAAUGCUCCACAAAGUAACCCGGGAUGCCCAGGACCCAGCCUGCAGUGACCAGGGUCAGUCUACUGAGCCAGGUUCCAGGUCAGAGGCCCCAUCAGAGAGGCCUCGGGAAGGACAACUGGUGCUCUCCCUCCAGCAACUUGAAGAGUGGGAUUUGGAUUACAUCCUUCAGAGUCUGUCGGGGCGAGAAGACAAGCAGGGAAACGAUUUGCCCAGAACUGCCUGGUGGGCAGCUGACCUCCUGCAAAGCCAAGCCCGCACGGCACCAUGCUCCCAGGACAGGCUCCUGGAACAGCUGGCUCUCCUGUGCGCGGUGCAGUCCAGAGCCUCUGGCCCUGCCCGGAAGCUGCCUGCUGACACACCCCAAGACACAGAGGAGCAGGAGGCUGGAAGCAGAUGUGCUUCAAUGAAGCCAGGCUUCCAGGCCGAGCUAGGCCAGCCGCUGGUCGAAAGCACGAGGCUGAAGAUAGAGCCUCCCACCAUCUUUAUAGAUUUGAGGCAGUCAGAGCCUCCAGAGUCACCUGACCACCAGUCUCCAGGAAGCUCCAGCCAUAGCUCCUCUGACAGUGAGGAAGAUGUAGGAGAGACAGCAGUUCUGGAAGCCCAGCAGAGCCCAACACAGCAAGCAGCUGCUAUCUCCCAGGACCUUCGGAGCUGUACUGGCAAGAGCCAGCUUCUCCAGCAGCUGAGGGCAUUUCGGAAAGGGACGGCUCUGCCCCAGCUGCCUGUCAGGGAGAGACCAGGUGGCCAGAAAGCCCCUGAAGAUGCAAUUGAGAGGAAGGAACAAGUGGAACUCUGGGCCGAGGGCCAGAGCACCCAGGCCAGACUCCAAGGAGGGCAUCCCAGGGCCCAGGAAGACCCUCUUGAGCCAGAGUCAGCUAGGGAGGUCCUGGUACCUCCUCUAGGCCAACUAUAGGUGCUUCAGGUAAUGGGAUCUGAGGAGCAGGUGGGAUGGUCUGACUUUCCAUGCACUGGUGGGCCCCUUGCUGUCCACAUGUGUCCACUAGCAGGUAGCUUUGUGGGGCAGGGACCCUCACUGUGGACUCACCCAGCCUCUAUUAGAAUUGUCAUGACAUUUUCAUGCUCACAGCAAAGAUUCAAACAUGAGAAGUGUAACAGCAACUCUGGGAAAACAAGUGGACCCUGCUUCUGCAGAGACAGGAAGGAAACAACAGAACUCUGUGGUUCUCAGCGGGACUGCAAGGCUCUUACAUCUUUUUCCAUUUUACAAGGCCUUUUUAAAGACUAAAGACAUUUAUAUAAUUUCAGGGUUGAAACACUUCAGCCUUUUUUCUGGGUCCCUGAAUACUUGCUAUUUCAUGUACUUAAAUUAACAGCUUGUACAAACCCACACACAUGCAGACUUAAUUUUUUUUUUUUUUUGACAAAAAGGUAACAAUUGAAAUUUGCUCUCUUUUUUCCCUCUACCCAAGAUAUAAAGGCACACAUAGGUUCCAGGAUCCUUCCAAACUAAACUAAAGGAGAACCUAGACGGAACACUGGAAUGGAACAGUGCCCACCCUUGUCGAUAACCAGUGAGAGCAGGGUCCAGCUUGUCCCCAAACUCCCCAUCUUAAGAGUUCUUUAGUAAUUGCUUUCUAGGCCCUGAUCUGUGGCACCUUUGAUCACAUGCCAACUUGUAUCCAGGACAAGGGGCCAGGGCCCCUGCCUGCCCUGUGGAGGAGCAGAGAAACCAUGUCCCUCUGAUCCCUCCAUGCCAUGGCUUAGCAGGUACAGCUGGCACUUGGCAUCUGGGCAAAUAUUCCAACAUUCAAACUGGGGGUUUCUGCUAGUUGCCACAACAGAGGGUACACAAGUUUCCCUUUAUAUUAAGCCCUGAGCCAGGGUAGGAGCUGGGCCCUUCCCAACCACAGCAACAUCACAGACAUGUCCAGCUACAGGCAGCCAUGACCAGGGCCACAAACUCCUGCUCUCCAGACACCACCUGAUCUGGUCACUGAGGACCCACCACAGCUCCCACUCCCAACUAUGAAAGGCAUUUCCAUUAGAAGCCAAAUGCCAAGCAGAUCUCCACCAAGGCUACAGGAGGCUCUCCAGCCAGGCCUGGGCCAGCCCCCUCCCGCCUGGCUCUGGGGCAAGGCCCAGACAGCCAGGCAGCCUUCACCACAGCCACUUAUCUGUCAAGGGCAAAGGUGAUUAUUUUUUCUCUUAACCUCAUUUUCUCCCUUUUAAUGCCACUAGGUUCAUUUAGAAUGUCUAAAUUAACAUUAGUAUUUGAAAAUAAAGUGUUUGUUCCAA